AUGAAAAACAUCACCUUCUUGGCCGGCAUCCUACUGGUCUCUGUCGGGCCCUCCCUCAUCAACGCCGACACCAUCAGGGAUCCGCGUCCGACAACCACAGCCGUGGCCGAGGAUUCCUCCCUCGCGAAUAUUCCCCCUAAGCUCAUCCUCGAGAUCCUCAACAUGAAGAAGAAGGGAAAGGGGAAUAAAACUACGACCGCCGAAGUAGGGGAGAAGACUAAUACCGCCAAGCGACCCCCUACUUUACCCAUCAUCGUCGAGACCCACUACGAGCUCAUCAAGCCAACGGCACCCAAGACCGCUGCUGUCAAGAGAGAUGCCCCUCAGCCUACUGCCCCCCUCCAGGCGCGUGAGCAGCGAAGCGAUGAGGCGGAUGAGAGCACCGAGUCCUCCUCCCUCUGCACGCACAACAAGUGCCCCAAGGAGAUGGAGGUUCCCCGCACCCUCGAGCCUAGGCAGCAGCAGGAGACAGGCGACGUCGAGCCCUCCGCUGACGAAGAGGACGCCGAUGCCUACAAAGACUGUCCCAAGAGGCGCUCGCGCAAGGCCAAGAUCGCGAGUAUGGCGGCCACCAAGACCCUCGAGCCCAGACAGCUGGUCGUAGAGACUGCCACCGCCGAGCCCUCUACAUAUGAGGACGCCGAUUCCUACCUCUGCACGCACGAAGACUGCCCUCAUAAGCUUGCGCGUCUGGUGAAGCCGUGGGCCAGCAAGACCCUCGAGCCCAGACAGCUAUAUGUGCCGACUAGCACUGUCGAGCCCUCUGCGGAUGAAGAGGAGGAGACGGAGGAGAAGGAUGAUGAGUACUACGCCCAGCCGCCCCCUCGCACCCGUCGCUUGCGGUGCAAGGGCAGACACAGCAGAACCGCUUCCAGCACGGCGACUCCUACUUCGUCGACCACUUCGUCGACCACCUCGUCUGCCACAUCGUCUGCCACCUCCUCCAGCAUCGGCACCAUCACCGUCACCGUGACGCCAAUUGCCGCCACCACCACCACCAGCUCAAGCUCCUCCUCCUCCACCACCUCCUCUGCUUCCUCCACUUCCACCACGGCACCUGAUGACACCGUCACUCGCACGACUACCAUCACCGUGACCGCGGACCCGACCUACACCCCGACUUACAUCCUGAAGCCGUACCCGACGACCUUCCGCAAGGUCCGAGCUUAG